UCGUUAAAUCCUGCCUCGUUUUCGCUAACAGUGUUGAACGAAACGAAAACGUAGGUUUGGUUAAAAAACAAUGGUAAAAGAACGUUACAGGAAAUAUUCUUCAAGUGAUAAUGACAUUGACGAAAGAAAGAAACACCAUGGAAGGCAUCGUUCGCGAAGUCCGGAGGUUUCUUACAAAAGACAUCGUAAACAUCAUAGGCAUAGAAGUCGGUCAGAAAGUUUAGAAGAAGUGGAAAGACACCGGGUAAAGGUAAAAGAAGAACCAGUGUCAUCAGAUUCAGAGUCACAUAGACGACACAGGAAACACACAAAGAGGGAAAGGGUGACAGACAUAGAGCGUAACCAUGGUAGACAUCAUGGAGAACACCGUGAGCAUCGGAAUAAACAAGAGGGCAUGGUGAGAGUUAAACAGGAGCCAGACAGUGAGGAGGAGAUGAGACAUCAAAGAGCAGAGAGGAGACAUAAUGAUCAACAAAGACGUAAUAAUCGGCAAAAAAGAGAACAUCUGUCAGAACAUCAGAGAUACGGCCGUCAAGAUCAGAGUGAUAACGCAGCUACGAAUGAAGCUGCUGAGUCAAAAGACCAACCAAACUUUGAAUUAUCAGGGAAACUAACAGAAGAUACUAACACUUAUAAAGGAGUAGUGAUUAAAUACAAUGAGCCACCAGAGGCACGUAAGGCAAAAAAGAGAUGGCGGCUGUACCCAUUCAAAAAUGAUGAAGCUUUGAAACCCUUUCACAUGCAUCGCCAGAGUGCAUACCUGUUUGGGAGGGAUCGAAUAAUUGCCGAUAUUCCAGUAGAUCACCCUUCGUGCUCAAAACAACAUGCUGUGUAUCAAUAUAGAAUGAUCCCCUAUGAGAAGGAAGAUGGCAGGAAAGCACAUAAAAUAUGCCCAUACAUAAUAGACCUGGAUUCGGCAAAUGGCACUUUUGUAAAUAACAAGAAAAUUGAACCUAGGCGAUAUGUUGAAUUGAUGGAAAAGGAUGUGUUAAAAUUUGGGUUCAGUUCAAGGGAAUAUGUUCUGUUACAUGAUAAAUCAAACACAGCAGAAGUAGAGUCUGGUGAUUCAUCGUGAUGUCCAAUCAUAAUAUCACAUUGACAAUAACCUGUAUUUUGAUUGCAUAACAUUUAGUGAUAAAUGUAACAAUUAAGGGAAGAUUUAAUUUUUGAAGAAACUAGUACAUACAAACACUUUAAUGUUCAUUGAGUGUAUUGUAUUGAAUUUUUUUUAUGAAAGUUGUUGUCUUUCAACAGUAAGUUUGAGUUUUUAUUGCCUAAAGGUAUUAAAUACAGUGACUGUCAGUACAUUUGAUAUAUAUUUUCUAAGUUUGCAUUGGAAUUGUUUAAUCAUGUAGUGCCCUCUUUUAACUGUUUGUACCAGAACUGACUUUUCAGAUUUCAUUUUAGUGACCAAAGAGUUCACAACUAGAAUUUAUCUCCACCAGAGUUCACAAGAUUAAAAACAAAAAAAUAUUCUCUAAAAAUUUACUUAUUUGUGUAUUAGGACAUUUUUGCUGUUUUAAUUUUGCAUUUUUACUGAUCAGUAAUUGCACAAAAUGAUGCCCCAUUAUCACUGUCACUGAAGAUAGGUUGAAUGUUUAGCAUUUACCGGUAUAUAAUAAUAUAAUUGCUAUAGCUGAAAAUGUACAGCCUUCAUGACAGGAUCCAAAAUUUCUACUACUAAGAAACUAACAUUUUACUUCCACUGAUAAUAAAUUUCAGUAAAUUGCACAGGAUGAGUUGUAUUAUAUAUGUGUACAAGUAUACUUGUAUGAUCUAGAUGAAAAUAUGUGAUUUAAUUUGUAUUUGCAAAGGAAAUUGUUGUAAUAUAAAUUGAUAUGAAUAAUUGAAAUGAAGAGUCGGUAUAUUAUAUUAAUAUAAUUCUCUUUCCUCAAAAGAAUUUGAGUGACUGAUUGGGUUUAUUUUUAUACAAUAAUGGAUUC